GUGAUUAAGUCUCCGCUACUCUAUUAUGCACAAGCGAAAUAGACGGAGCCUUAUCAAUGAUGGAGGGAAACGGCGUAUUCAGGCAGACUGCUCUUGUACACACCAUUUAUGUUAACGACGUCACAAAGAUAUCAGGGAAUGGCGCCACAGCUGUGCGACCAGGAGCUCAAGUCAAUAAUGUUUCGUCACAUCCAUCAAGGGUUGAGACAAUUUUUUUUUCAUUUCCAAAUUUCUCUAUAGGGGAUAUUCCUCUUCCUCCACGAGAUGCGAACGUGAGACAAGGAGGUUCAAGAAUUGCUAACAUGGAGCGAGAAGAGCAAGCGUAUCAGGAUACGUACGCAUACGAAAGGGCCAGACCAGGAAGAAAAUCUUUUUCGUCUGAGAGUAACUCGGGCAGUUAUUGCCUUCCCAAGGUCACAGAAGAAUAUUAUCAGCAGAACUUCGGCUCAAAAUGGACGCCAAAGCCAAUUAAAUUUAUCCACAGAGUGCAAGAUCCCGCAGAUGAAACUUUGUCCAAAGAAUCAUUUCUACAAGAUGUUGAUAAAUCUCUGAAAGAAUUUGAAAGUUCCGGUGGAAAGCUGAAGAAAGAAUUGGAAGAGGUCAUACUACUACAAGUCUUGCCUUAUCUUGAAGAAUCCUGGGGGAAAUCGUCUUCACAGAAAAUGGACGCGUACGUGAUCCUAGCCAAAGUAAGCAGUUGCAGAAGCUGCAGUGAAGUUGUGAGGCAUGCCUUGCAGCAGCUUCAGUAUCUGCUCUUUAGAGAGAACCUGGACAGUUGCAAGGAGAGCUUACUAAAAGUGGAGAAAAUUGUGAGGUCUUCCAUUAUCUCACCAGACGCGGUCUUCAAAGAAGAAGCAGACUCCGCGCGCGAAGUAAGACUGUCUGUUUACAAGCGCAUUCUGUCCCUGAUAUGCAUUUACCAAAUUCAGACAGGUUUUUCCACAGUUGACUUCAAAGACGGUUUAAAAAAACUGCAACAAGACCUGAAACACUACUGCACCCAAAUCCGCUACAAAAAGAAGAAUUACUUCCGUUAUUCCAUGGAGUUCAUCCAGGGGGCAAUCUCUUACUUGCUGAAGGGGUCCGGCAAGGCGACUGCGACAAACUUGGGCGACUGUCUCGACAACUGCCUUUCUUUGCUAGAAAACCAGGAAUCUGAUGUUACGAAGGAGUUUCCUGAGAAACUCAAGAAAAUUGUAAAAAAAGUAAAAACGGGAGAAUGGUUUGACCUGCACUGCGUCCUGUGCUAUCUUCACGGAAAGGUGCAUAGUGAACGCCCUACUCCAGAAAUGUGCAUUGAAAGGCAAGCUUUAAUUCUUCUUAGGCGUAUAGUCGAAGCGUAUCAAGAGGGAGGUGGAGGAGAUGAUUGGAGGUUUUGCUUAUUAGCAGGCUCUCUAUUAUCGGAUAUUGCAAUGAACAACAUGACGAAAGAAUUACGAAUCGAGGCCGGAGGCUGUAUGAUAAAUCUUUUGAGGGACAAAAGGCUUCAGAAGAAACCAGAGUGCAGAGUCAUCCUCGAAAGUUUGUCGUCUGAAAUGCUAUUCAAUCCCGAUCAUGUCACAAAGACGCUUUUUGCCGGCCACCUCCUUGAAAAUCGAAGUUUACAACAGCCCCUUCCUGAGGACCUCCACGUUCAACAUCUUACGAAUCGCUACCGAAAUCAGACACUAGAAAUCAAUAAGCCGACAAUUAGCCAAGGACAGAAGUAUUUUGUCAAGCGUGGUAUGUUUCAACGGAAUGAAGUGAUCGUGAAAAUUUGUAAUGUCACAAAGCAAGAUAUCUUGGAGAGUGAAUCCCCCGACCAUUCAGGAAAGAGAGAAAAGAUCAUUUCUGAGGCCUACAACUUACGUCGCCUGCGCUGCUUUAAUCAUCCAAACAUUGCUGUUCUACUCGGCUGUAACACCAAGAGUCUGCCUUAUCACGUCAUCACAGAAUUCGAAAAAGAAGGCAACCUGCUUCGCUUCGUUCAAGCUUCACGAUGGGACGAUGAACUCCUACCGACGCGUAUCUUACUUAAGAUGCUCCUUGGCGUAAUUGAAGCUCUUCUCUUUCUGGAGAAUCACGGUCUGGUACAUCGCGCUGUGAUGGCUGAGAACAUCCUCGUGGGAGAUGAUUGUAGAUGUAAGUUAGGUGGCAUGCAUGCAUUACGACAACUUCAAAAAGGAUACGCUGAGGAAGAUCGAAAUGACGACGAAAUGUACGACUACUGUUCGUCCGAUGACUGUUGCCUGGAUGUUGUAUGCCAUGAUGAUGGAGAGGAAUCUGUGAGGUGGAAAGCACCAGAGUGUAUUUUGAAAAAGAGCUAUAGCACUGCCUCUGAUGUUUGGGCCUUUGGUGUGCUAAUGUACGAGGUUUUCACAUAUGGAUGCCGCCCGUACAGAAACAUUCGGAGCGAUAAAGAUGUUGCUAAACAUGUUGCAUACAAUUACGGUGUACCAGCCCGUGAGUCGUGCUUCCAAGAUGAAGAAUUUACGUUAAUGACGCGGUGUUGGGAACGGCACAGAUCAAAAAGGAUUGCACUUGCCAGUUUAAAAGAAAGAUUGGAAAAAGUGCUUGAUGUCGCAAUGGAUCCAGAAUCAGAAGAGAAACCAAGAGAUGAUCCACCACCGCUGGAGACUUGCAUCAAUUACACAUCUUGCCAGUCAGAUGAAAAAGGUGAUGAUGCACCCACAAGAUAUGAUGCCGGAAAGGAUGGUACUUUGGUGAUGGAGAAGAUUACAAAUGCAGACAAAAAUCAUUUGAGAAGGCUGCUCAAACUGAACACUCCGCCAGAUCUUUUUAGGAUAUUGAGAAUAGACAACUUGGAUUCUCAUCAUCCAGUUGUGGAGAUGAUAUCGCCAGAGGCUCCUUUCGGAAACCUCAAAGAUUAUGUUCUGAGCAAACAAUGCCAGCUUGGUGACAUUGUUACGUUCCUAUCACAAGUGACCUCUGCUCUGCAUUUUCUCCAUUCAAAUCACAUUGUUCAUGGAGAUCUACGAGCCGAAUAUGUCAAUGUAAUAGCUCCGAACAAGGUUCAAGUAACCCGUUUGGGUCGCUCCUUGCUUUUACCAAAAAGGGCUUACGACAACACUUCUGCCUCAUGUGUAGUUCAGCGUAAUAUGCCACCUGAUGCAACCCGCUGGAGCGCACCCGAAGUGAUCCAAGACGGCAAUUAUACUCAUGCUAGUGAUGUUUGGGCUUUUGCGGUCCUUGGUUGGGAACUGUACACUGCCUUUGCAACAGGCCAGGAGUUUAAGGAAUACUCGGUGCCUUACUGUAACCAUGCUGCCGAGGAGGUUAUCCAUCAGAUCAGAAACGUUGGGCCACUAUCACCACCAGACAAUUGCCCCGAUUGGGUGUAUAUCGUGAUGCAUCAAUGCUGGGCAUUCGACCCGGUACAACGGCCUCCGUUCAUCGCCAUCUUUGACUGCCUCACUACAAGGCAACCAAUGAACUCUUGGCUAAUGUCAUUGUGGAAAGAGCGCCAUGAAAAGAGCGAAUGGCCUGAUUCAUCAAUCACUCAGCCUGAAAAUGCCUGUCACAUCACCAACCAAGACAAGAACUGUCUUAAAGAAAUUAUAGAGCAGAUGUGCAACGACGGUUAUAAGCUUUCAGAACACGAUUACAGAUAUGUUCAAGAAAAUGCCAUCAAUCGAGUGGCCGAAGAAUUUUAUGAUGAUCUACCAGUGGAAAAGUGCUCCAAAACGUCUUCAGAUGUGAUAGAGGAUGAAUGCUAUGAAGACAUCUCACCCACCAGUCUAUCCGACUAUGAUUUUGAAGGGAAAAUGGCAGAGAGUCCAACAGAUUCCAACACUUCUUCCACUGAACCUCGGUACCAAAAUGUAAAGAAUUUCGGUAUCAAGAAAAUUCCGUAUCAUACAGAAGAAGAAGAGCUUUAUGAUGACAUCGACAAUAUCCGUCAUCAAAAUAUAAGUACCGUCAACACCCUAGUGGUAGGUGAGGAGGAACAGGAAGAGGCAGAAACAUACGAUGACAUCUCAGAAGAAGACCAAGAAUUCUAUGAAGAUAUUGAAGAACGAUCUCGUGAUCCUUGCCAUGGAGCGUGCGCAAAUGAGCCUUCUUCAAAAGAUGGUAACUCCCCUUUGAACACCGAGAGUCAAGAGCCUUCUUUUGAAGAGGAUAUUUACUCAGUAGACGAAGAAACGGACCCAGUAGAUCCAGAAGGGGAGGAUUUAUACGAAGAGAUCGAUAAUCUCAGGCCACCAUCGUAUGCAAAAGCUUGUAAUGAAACAGAACAAGCAAACGUAGACGCGAAAAACGCCAGCUGCCUUCCUCGAGGGGGUAUUCCCCGAGGGGGUGUUCCCUCAGUAAACGAGGUGGAAUUCCUCUAUGAAGAAAUAGGAGGAAAUCAAACGACAGAUUCCGCGGCGUACCAAAGUACCACAGGUCCCCAAGAUCAUCGCACCACAAACAACCGAGAUGAAGCAGGAUACAGAGAACUUAGCCAGAGAGAGUCAUACAUGCAACUGACGCGACCUACAGCAAAGAAACCCAGUCCUGCCUUGAAGAACGCCGCAAAGCUGAACAACCGCAGGUUGCCGCAUAAGAGAAAGGAAACAAUUAACGAUCGACUUCGCAAUACUGUUAAGGAACCAUAAAAUUGUAGAAUCAAACAUUGAAAUUUUUUGUUGAAUGACUGACACGAUGAAGGUGACCAACAGUCGUAAUUAAAUUCAUAGAUAAGUCGAGUUCAAGGAAAGAACUAAUCACUGCAGGUGAGCUGCAAGUGAGGAAUGUCACUAAAGAAGCCUGAAGAUUUCUCGGUUUGUCCGAAUUUCGAAUCCGUUUCUUUUCAGAUUCUAGUUAGUUGCUUCUUCCAGUUGAGCUACUAAACCACAGGUUGGGAACGAGGCAAAUUUUAUAUAAGUUCCUCGUUAUCGAAAAGGAAUUUGAUCGCAAUUAAAUAAAGUAAUUAUUUGCUUUUCAUUUUUUUUCAAUAUUUGUUUCUGUCAUCCAAUUUUUAGAGAUAAGUCGGUAACAUGGAGGCGUUGAAAAGAUAGGUUCUUGUUGCUUGGCAACCAAUAUUUACACUUUUAAAUUCAGAAAUGAGUUAUUUCUUAGUCUUGUACAUAGUGUUGUUUUUUUUAAGGAGAAAGCGUGAGAAACAAUAGUUUUGUACUUUUCCAACAAUAUCAACGAAAACAAAAAAAACCAUUUUUUUUGCUCACCACCCGUUGGAAAAAAAAGCUUCAGUUGUAGUCAUCAACAAAUGGAAUAAGCUAUUAGUAAAGGCUUUGAUACAAUCGUUACAUUAAUAUCUAUUUCUGACAUCCAAUUUUUAGAGAUAAGUCGGUAACAUGGAAGCGUUGAAAAGAUAAGUUCUUGUCACUUAGCAACCAAUAUUUACACUUAUGAAUUCAGAAAUGAA